AUGAAGUCGCUGCUGCGGAGGAUCAGCUCGAAGAAGCGGGGGCCGGGCGCGGGCGGGGGCCUCUGCACGACGCUGCCCGCCACGCAGUCAGGUAUUCCGUCCGGUGACGAGGCGGAGCCAGAGGCGCCUCUCAAGGCGCCCAAGGAGGCCGACGCAGCGUGGGAGUCGCUGGCCGAAGCCUUGCCCGUCGUCUCUACCGUGGAAGAGCCUCCAGCGGAGCCAAGCACGGACGAUGAGCCAGAAAGCGCCGGAAAGGAGGGGCCGGAGCCCGCGGUUCCCGGCGAGGCGCCGUCGCAGGACCCGGAGAGCGACCACGUAGUUGACGCGCCCGAGAGCGAGGCGGUGCCGGCGGCCGACCCCGUCGACGAGGCCCCCGCCCCUGCGCCCGAGCCCGCAGCUGUCGUCGAGGAGGAGGCGGAGGCGGCGGCAUCCGGGCCAGCCCUGACCUCAAACGGCCCGAAAGCCUUGGAGGUGGCAGCGCAGCACAUGCGGGGCAGGCAGCAGCGCGCGCCGAUGAACCGCCUGGACUCCCUGCAGCAGGUCCUGAACGUGCCCGCGUCGCAGCUCGAGAGGGAGUCGCCCGGGCCGCCGCCCGCGGGCACGCGCGGCCUCCCAGAGGACGCUGGCGGGCCAACCGACGCGGCGCCGCCCACGGGGUGGGCGAGCUCGGCGCUCUCCACGCCGCGCGACACGUCCGGGAUGCUCGGGACGAUCCGCGAGGCCAGCAACACGGGCCAGUUCGCCUCGCAGGGGCCGGAGCACGCGCGCAGGAUGACCGACGCCGCCCUGCGUGGCGGCGAAGUGCAGGCGUGCAACUGGCGCAUCGCGGUGAUCACGGCGCAGGGAGAGGACUCUGGCACGCACCAGCGCGUGGUGCUCACCCUGCGGGACCGGCACGGGCGGAUCCUGGGCGGGCAGCCGCAGGAGCUGAUCGCGCACGGACCGCCGAACGACUUCGCGCCGGGCGCCACCACCGUGUUCCAGAUCGUCGUGCCGGAAGAGUUCGCCCUCGCGGGCCCGCUGUACGCGCUGGAGGUGGAGCUGAAGCCGCGGCGGCCGGGAGUCCCCCCCGGGACGUGGCACAUGCAGAAGAUCGAGAUCAUCGACGACGACAACGACCGGUGGUACGAGUUCCAGCUCUCGGACCGCUGGGACGGCGUGUUCGACACCGCGGUGCCGCGCGUGUGGACGUGCCCCGACCACCACGCCGGCAAGGCGCAGGACAUUGCGCUGUCGGAGGGCGCGGAGCACCUCGACCCGCCGGGCACGGAGGCGCGCCGCGAGCCGAACAUGGCGCCGGAGCCGUCCGUGCGCGCCGAGGGCGAGGCGCUCGAGGCCUGGGCGCGCUCGCAGCAGGCCGGGCGCGUGGUCACCGAGGCCGGCCUGCAGCUCGCGUCCCUGCGCGAGCGCUCCCCGCUCCUCUACGUCCAGCUCUGCCAGCUCUCCGUCCUCCCGGCCUCCUUCGACCGCCUCUCCGCCACGGACAUCGCCGGCGCCUACGAGAGCACCUUUGAGCAGCUGCUGCUCCAAGGGUUUCUCACGUUCGACGCGCGCACCGAGCGCUGGGGGCUCUCCAAGGCGAUUCCGCGGGCCGAGCUCGAGACCGCGGCCAGCGGCCUCGCCGUGCCGGGCGGCCUCACGCUGCACGACGUCGCCACGGGCGCGCUGGCGCAGCACUUUGCGCGCGUCAUGCUCGGACUCACUGCGUGGUACGACUCGCGGCAGGCCCCGCAGGCGCUGGCCACCAUCCGGCUGGAGACACACAACAUCGUUGCGGCGCUCGCGGCGUGCGAGACGCACGCCGCGCUGAUCUACCAGCUCGACGAGGAGCAGCGCGUGCUCGACGCCCGCAACGUCGGCCGCCCCGACCGCUUCAGCGGCCGGCCGGACUCGGUGACGGAGGUGUUCUCCAGCCCCGUCAUCGUCGCGGCCGCGGUGCCGCUCUCCGCGCACAUCCUCGUCGGGCGGAUCCCGCAGGACCGCGUGGAGCGCGCGCUGAGCGCGCUGCUGCUCGCGUACGAGGACGGCGUGGUCGCGUCGCUGCGGGAGAACGGCAUCGGCAUCCGCGAGGGCGGCGGCGCGUUGUCGUCCGAGGUGAUCGCGGCGGAGCUCUCGUCGCUGCGGUCGCACGCCGCGGAGCAGCACGGGCAGGACGCGCUGGCGUCGCCGCGGCAGGGCGGCGGCGGCGGCGUGCCGCUGGAGGACCUGUUUCGCGACAGCGGCGACGUGCUCGGGGUGGCGCGGUCGCGGCGGCUGGCGCACCUCGCGCGCCUGCUGCUCGCGUUCGCGGACGUGCGCAUCGCGAACGGGCGCUUCGAGGACUCCCGCGUGCUGCUGAAGCACGCGAUGGCGAUCGUGACGGCGGUGCAGGGGCCGUCGUCGCGCGCCAUGUCGAGCUGCUACGCGUCGAGCGCGCGCGGCGCGCGCCUGCAGGGGCACUUCAUGGAGGCCGCGACGCUGCUCGCGCGCGCGAAGGCCGCGCUGGAGCUCGAGGGCGCGCUGGUGCAGGGCGCCGCGCCGUCGCUGCGCCUGCAGCACGCGUCCGUGGUGAACAGCCUCGCGGGCGUGCAGGCGCAGCUCGGGAAGCCGCAGGAGGCCGUGAAGCACUUCGAGGCCGCGCUCGAGACGCGCCGCGCGCUGCUCGGGGAGCGCCACCCGGACGUGGCCGCGUCGCUGGCCGACAUGUCGCUGGCGCUGCAGGCGCUGGGGGAGAUCGAGGAGGGCCGCGACCGGUCGUACGAGGCGCUGGCGAUCAUGGAGUCGGCGCUCGGUCCGCAGGGCGCCGCCCUGCUGCCCGUGCUGUGCAACCUCGGGGGCGCCGAAGAGGCGCUGGGGAACUUCGCCGCGGCCGAGACGUACCUGCAGCGCGCCGUGAAGAUCGCGCGCAGCGGCGACAGCACGCGCGGCCUCGCGGGCGCGCUCACGAACCUCGCGCUGGUCCACGACGCGCAGGGGCACCCCGACCAGGCGCUGGCGGGGUACCAGGAGGCCCUGCGCGUGCAGGAGGAGGCGCUCGGCGACCAGCACCCCGCGCUGGCGCUCACGCUGUACAACAUGGCCGCGAUCCAGUGCGGGCGCGACCUCGCGGCGGCCGAGAAGCUCCUGCAGCGCGCGCGCGAGCUGCAGAUCAGCGCGAUGGGCCCCGUGCACCCGUCGCUGGCGACGACGCUCGCGGCGCUGGGGAGCGUGGCGGAGGCGCGCGGGGAGCAGGAGGCGGCGCUGGGGCUGUACCAGCAGUCGCUGGACAUCCGGCGGCGCGCGUGCACGUCGGAGGCGUCGCGGCACCUGCUCGUGGCGUCGCUGGUGGACCUGGCGCGGUGCCAGCUGCAGCUCGGGGCGCGGCAGGCGCCCGAGGAGAUGCUCGCGGAGGCGCUGCGGGAGGCGCGGGGCGCGGCGGUGUCGCCGCUGCUGAUCGAGCGCUUGCUGGGGGUGGUGCAGGCCCUGGGGGACGCCGGGUGCGACGUGGGCGGGCUCGAGCAGACGGCGGCGGAGCUGCAGGCCGCGCUGCCGAUGCCGGGGAUAGAGACGAUGUGA